AUGAAUGGAAAUGAAUUAAUAAAAGAAAAUUCAACUAAUUUAGAAUCAAUUGAUGAUAAUCAGCAUAGAAUUACAACACCACCUAUUCAGUCAACACUACGUACUCGUAGUAUCUAUCUGGUUUAUCCACCACCAGUAAAAUAUGCACCAAAUCCACCGCCUAGAAUUAAUCCUUAUUAUUAUUCAAAACAUGCUAAUAAUAUACUAGCUGAAACAACUGAUGCUAGUAAUUAUAUUCAUGAAAGAGCUAAUCAUAUGUUAAGAAAUGAAUAUGAUCGUUAUCAUCAUUAUUAUUCAAAUUAUUUUUAUGGUAAUUUACAAGAGAAAGAAGAUUAUCGGAAAUAUAUACGUGAAGGAUUAAAACAACAAAUGAUGGAUAAAAUUAAACGAAAAAAAGAAGAAUGGUUAACUAAAUCAGCAGAAGGCAGAGAAAUAGAAAAUGAUUGUCAAAAAUACUUUCAUGAUAAGAUGAUAAGUGAACAACAGAAACGUGCUUUUCUACUCACAUUCAGAGAUAUGAAUAAAAAGAUCAUGGAAGAAAAUGAGAGAAUUAGAAAAGUUGAGAAAAGAAACGAAAUUGAAGAAGAUAGAGAACAAUUGAAAUUCAAUCCUAUCAACUGGAGGCAAACAUUAAAAUAA